GUUUGGACCCUGGAGCUGUCAACAGCUCGUGAUCAUUUGGGCUUGGACCUUGCAAAGGCCAACGGCAUCUUGCUUGUGUGCUAUUGACCCUGCAAAGGCCAACGACCUGUGGAGAUUGGGGUUUAGACCCUGCAAAAUCCAACGGCCUUUGGACACUGGGGUUUGGUCACUGUUCAUGCCAAAGGGCCAGAUGGAGACCCAGCAGGUGCUGUUAGACGACACUGACAGUAUGGCCAAUUCCAUCAUCUGCACUAACAGUCCUGGGAACAUCUUCUCAACUCUGACACCCACUAAUGAACAGCAUCCCUUUGAACGGGUUCAGCAAGCCACAGAGAAUUGUGGGAGCUUGCAGCAACAUUUUGAGCAAAUGGCAGAGAAAUGCCAGAGGCUCAGAAGCAUAGAGGCUCUAUGCCAGCAAAACAUAGACCAUCUGCUAGAAAAAAUCAGAAGGGACUGUGCAAAUAUGGAGAAGUCCAGGGAAAUGCUACAGCAAUGCAUAGGAAUCCCGGAGCCAGAAGCCUUGUGUCUGCGUCAGAUGAACACCAAGCAGAGGAAGGAAGCAUCAGCCCAGGCAAAAAAGGCAGAGCAGAAGGACAGGAUGGAGGCAAGUGAGCAUGAAAGGCACCAUGCAGAGAUGCUGCAGCAAUGGGAAAAAGAGAAGGCAGAGAGAGAGCAAGAGCACAAGAAGGUGCUGUUUGAGAUGAGGCAGAAAGUUGCCACCCUGCAGACCCAACAAGAAGCAGAACAAACCAGAUUUGAAAAUGCCAAGCAAGAGGUGCUGCUGGAAGAGCAGAAUGAGAGGAGUGCUUUAUCAGAGGCACUGCUCCAGACUCAGGGAGAGCUCAGCCGAGCCUGCCAGCAGGUCCAGCAGCUCAGGCAGGAGGUGAAAGAGCAGCAAGAGAAGGGGCAGACCAUCAAGGCAGAGCUGCAAGCUGAGCUGCAGGAAGCUCACAGUGAAUUCCAGGCAGCACAGAGGAGGCACAAGGAAGAGCUACAAGGCAUCAAGGAGGAAAUGAAUCUCCUUCUUGAGCAGAGGGAGGCUCUACAAAAGCAGAUCCGGGCCCUGCAGGACACAGUGCUGGAGAUGGAGUCAGCCCAGGCAACUCAAAAGAAGGAGCUGCUGCAAGAGCUGGAGGAGUUGCGGGCAGGAGAACAGUGCUUGAAGGCCUCUGUGCAUUUGCUGGAGACUGAAGUGUCCCAGCUGCGUGUGAGGUUCCAGAGGUCUGAGCACAAAGCUCUUGCCUUGGCCAGACAGUGUAACUCCUCAGAGCUGGAGCUGAGGAAGGCAAAGGCUGAGAUGGACAAACUCAGAGCCCACAACCAGGAGCUGCAGAUGAAGUUGGCAGAAAAUUGGUGGAAGGAACAACUCAAGCACACCUCUCGAGAAAUUGCCCUGCAGAAAGAGGCCACUGAAAGGCAGGAAGAGGCUGAGACUCUUCGUCAGGAAGUGGCAUCUCUGCAGAGGAAAUUGGAGAGCCUGGAAAAGGAAAGGAAGGAUGUUCUGCAUGAACGGGAAAUGUACCAGCAGAAGAUGAGAGAUCUGGAAAAGAAGAAUGAAAUGCAUGCAGCUGAGAUGAGAAAUCAUAAGGAAAACAGUCAACAAUUGGAAGUGGAGAGGGAAGGGAUGCAGGAGGAGUUGGAGCAUGGGGCUGCAGCUUUGAAGAAAUGGAUAGAGUAUGCUCAAGUCCUGAGGGCUGCACUGAGCAAGAGUGAAAUGGCCAAAGGGGCUUUGAAGAAAGAUUUGGACAUCCUAAAGGAAAAGACUUGUAUCCAGCCAGCUUUUAAAGCACAAGUGGAGAAACUGUACUGUAUGUCAGAUACCAGCCUGGAAUGUGAGCAACCAGGUGCAUCACCAGAAAAUGAGAACACAGAGUGGCCUGAAUUGAGCACUGACCCCAGGGGGAUUUACAAGGUGGUGGCAUCUGAAGGGAGAAGAAUCAGAACAUUUAGGAGAGUGUUCUACCCGGACUACUUUACAUUGUCUCUCCGCGAGUCUGCCCAGCAAGAUACGUCGACUUAUAAAAGAGAAGAGUCCUCCAGUAGCUCAGGGGAGCCACAGCUCUCCUGCUGAUGCACAGCCCGUGGAGAAAGGGGUGUCCCUGCUGCACUCACAGCUGGCCUGGGACUGACAGGACAACCUGGAGACCUGCGCAGGGAGCAGGCUGGAGACACUCCCACUGAGUCACAAAGUGCAGAAGGGACCUCCUUGCUUCCUAAACUUCUCAGAGAGGAGCCAGGGAGCAGCUGGAUAUAGUCUUAGACUUAGUCAAUAGUUGAUGUUUAUAGGAUAGUGUAGGUGUAAUUGAGCUUUUAUACAGCUGUGUUCCAUAGGAUGAAGGAUAUAUUUAUAGACGAAUAAAGAGUUUAUUAUGAUCAC